AUGAAAUUUUGACAUAUUUAUCGCUAUAAAAGCAUUGUCUGUGACUGGACCAACUGAGAAUGCGCAGCCUCAUCUAUCUUGCACGAUCCCGGCGAGAGAUGGCGCACGUAGGCACCUUCCUCGGCCGAAAAGUCAACUCGACCUCCUCCUCGAGCGUCCACAUAGACGGCGGAGCUACCACUUCCGCUGCUGGCUUCGGCUCAAACUGCGGCCUCCGCCUCAGGAAGCUGAUGAGGAAGCUCAGGAAGCAGAGCAAAAAGCUGUGUGCGGCCACAAAACCCACCACCUUCCGCUUCCAUUAUGAUCCCUUGAGCUACUCCAGAAACUUCGAUGGCAGUGGGUUCGGGACGGAGAUCGACGAUGACUCCUUUGAGAGUUUUUACUACUCUUUCUCGUCGAGGUUCGUCGACUGUACACCCUCCUGCAGGAUGCCUGGUUCUGAGCUUGUAAGCAGCAGCAACAAACUCGAGAUCUGAAGGAGCAUAAAAAGAUUUUGUCUUUUGUAAUUAUAUUUUCGUCUUUGUUUUUUUUUCCUUUAUAAGUGGAUCAUCCAUAACGUAAGUUAAG